AUGGUUGAAGUCCAACAAUCGGAUGUUCCAGAACUGAAACCUCCCUCUCAAGAAUUGGAAACACAAUUUUGCCUACAUAGUACAAUCGGUAGAAGCAUACAUAGACCUGCACCUCAACAAUAUAUUUCCGCCUCUGGAUAUGAGGAAGCAAUCAACUUUCCAAGUAAUGGAUCCAACAAUCGGAUGUCCAGAACUGAAACCUCCCUCUCAAGAAUCGGAAACACAAUUUUGCCUACAUAUUACGAUCGGCGGAAGCCUACACCUCAACAAUCUGAAAUCACAUACAAUACUACAUUGAGGCAUAUACAUGAAAAUUCGUACUUCAAUGCUACCGAAGCAAGCAGUAGUUCUUCAAUUAUGUUAAUAUGGACGAGGUUGAAUACUGCUGCGAUACAUACCCUAGAAAUAUAUGACUGCCCAGAUUUUAUUUAUUUUUAA